CGUAUGCAGGAUAAACUGAAUAAGGUUCAUGUAUGUAUGAGGUGCAAUCGAUUGUGAUAACAAAUAAUGUAAAGUGCAAUUGCAGUGCACGUAAUGCUACCCACGAACCAGAGGUAACGGGCAAUUCAAAAUUGUCCCAAUGACAGCAGUUUGUUUACAAGUAGGCAGUGUUUACGGUUUUCCAUACUGCCGUCUCUUUCUCUGCCGCUAAUAAAACAAAUGACAGUAGUUUUGUAGCAGUUUUUUGGUUAAUACUGGAAACCGUUCUACUCGUGAAGUGCCACAAAUAUUUAGUGAAUAGUAAAAACCCAGCAUAAUACAGAUUUGCCGGUAGCUUGCGUAGCGCCGAUAGAAUGUCUUCCGGGCGAAAGUGUAACAAUUGUGGAAGUGCCGAUAUCGAGGUCGACAAUGCACGGGGCGAUGCCGUGUGUACGAACUGUGGAUCGGUGCUGGAAGACAACAUCAUCGUAUCGGAGAUCCAAUUCGAGGAAAAUGCACAUGGAGCAGCCAGCGCCGUCGGCCAGUUUGUUGCGUCCGAUUCGCGCGGUGGUGCUACCGCGUACGGAAAGUUUCACGUCGGUACUGGCACGGAAUCGCGCGAGGUUACGCUAAGGAAAGCUCGCCAAGGCAUUACCCUGCUGUGCAGUCAGCUGCGGUUGAAUAACCACUGCAUUGAAACAGCCUGUAACUUCUUCAAGAUGGCCCUGAUGCGCAAUCUGACCCGUGGCCGGCGAAAUUCGCACAUUUAUGCGGCCUGCGUGUACAUCACGUGCCGCACGGAAGGAACAUCUCAUUUACUGAUCGACAUAAGCGAUGUGCUGCAGAUUUGUUGCUACGAACUUGGCAGAACUUACCUCAAGCUGUCCCAAUCGCUUUGUCUCAAUAUUCCGUCAAUCGAUCCCUGCAUCUACAUCAUGCGGUACGCGAACAAGCUCGAGUUUAAGGAAAAGACGCACGAAGUAUCGAUGACGGCGCAACGCUUGGUGCAGCGUAUGAAAAAAGAUUCCAUACACUCCGGCCGACGUCCGUCGGGAUUGUGCGGUGCCGCAUUGCUGCUUGCCGCACGGAUGCAUGACUUUAGCCGCACACCCAACGACAUCGUACGCAUCGUAAAGAUCCACGAAUCUACCCUGCGCAAACGCUUGUUCGAGUUCGGAGAGACACCGAGCAGCGCCCUAACGGUGGACGAAUUUAUGGCGGUCGAUCUUGAAGCCGAGCAAGAUCCGCCAGCAUUUAAAGCGGCAAGAAAAAGGGACAAGGAGCGGCUACAAAAGCUGGAAGACCAAACGUCCGAGUUUAAUCAACUUCAGGCAGAAAUUGAUGCUGCGCUCGAACGUGAAAUGAUCGCACGUGCCGGAAAGAAGCGCAAACAGAAGAAAACAGAUUUCGACGAACAGCAGGAAACGGGCCAAUUCAUCGAGGAGUCCACGAUGGAUGUGAUAAAGGAGUGUCUGGUGGAGGAAACGGUCGAUAAUGUGGUGGCGGACAAAAGCAAACCAAUCAUUCCGGAAGGUAUGCGACCGGAUCUGCGUGCGAUCUGCUCGAACAAUGAUACCGAGCGGCACGCUCUGGAAGCAUCCGCGGAACAGGAGGAAGACCCUGGGAAUGGGGAACUUUUGACGGAAGAUUUGGAUGACGACGAAAUUAACGGGUACAUUAUGACGGAGGAGGAAGCACGCACCAAAAACGUCCAGUGGGAGAAGCUGAACGAAGAGUAUCUGAAGGAGGUGAAGCUAAAGGAGGAACGGAUGGCGAAGGAACGGGAGGAAGGUAAGCCGGAGAAGAAGAAGCGUCGCACGGUUAAGAAAAAGAUGCUCGGUCCAUCGUCUUCGGCACGUGAGGCGAUCGAAAUGAUACUGCAGGAGAAGAAAAUAUCGAGCAAAAUCAACUACGACAUACUGAAGACGCUAACUGAUGGCGAAAGUGGUCCUGGUGCCGUUGCAACGUCAGCAGUAUCUGUGCAUAGUGUGGAAACUAGCAGCGAGAUAAAGGAAGAGCUAGAGAACACAAGCAGCACACAAUCACCAGUACGUGGAAAACUAGAUAAGAUACAACCGGCUACAUCGACCGCUGAUGGAACCGCUGGUCGUGGCAGUUUGAAACCAACACCAAACUUUGGUGCUUCCUCGAGACGGAAGCAUACGGCACAGGGCACGCUGCCAGUUGUGUCGUCGGGCGUGGACGAAGAACCGACGAAAGAUGCGGAAGAUGGAACUAGUAAAGCAGCUCAAGACAACAUCGAUGAUUACGAUGAUGAGGCCGAUGGUGAACCGGAACCAGAACCGGAACCGGAACAUAAAUCACUCGCGGACAUGCUGAACACCGGGGACGAUGACGAUUAUUACGGUUACGAUGACGAUUACUAAAGCGUCAAACAUGGGUAGAAGCAUGCGUCUAAUAGAAGUACAUUUUUAAUUAUUUUUUGUUUUUACAACAAAGACAAGCUUUACAGGUUAUUAACAUUCAGGUAUGUGUAUAGUUGUAGUGAAUGGUUUAAAAAAAGUGCUAAACUAAGAAUGUUCUAAGGGCGAUUAAUUAUAUUACGAGAAAUAAGAAUUAAUUAUAUUAAAAACCCUCGUCUCAGAACAACAGGGAAGUUCGAACAAUCUAUGUUUAUAGAUUAGAAUAGUAGCAUCUUCUCAUGCUGCAAACAGCUAUUUAAAGAUAACAUACGUAAAAUUUAGCAGCUAUUUUCUUUAUGCAAAUAUUAUACUAUAAUAUUAUUGUUUUUAAUAGUUCCUUUUUUGAUACAAUAUGAAUCAUAAAGAAAAUAUAAUAAAUAUGAUAACUAUGUUUAGUAACUAUCCUAAACUGUUUGUCGGUAGCUGAUUCGAAUCUGAAAAAAAAAAUUCGGUAGCUUUUUCGAAUCGUGAAAAAAUAUAAUACAAAAUAAUUUUUUUUCUGUAAAAAUAUUUUUAAACUAGUUCUUAAGUACAAUUUAGAAACUGUGUACUGUUUUUAGUGUCGUUUACAAGUUAUUCUGCAUUUAUUGUUUGCAGCAUUCUUCUAUUAGCAUUGAAAUAGUUUGACUUUUCUCUUAUUAUUCUUGUCGGCUUCACUUUUUUCUAAAAUAAAUAAUUUAACAAUAAUAAAUCAUUGAUUUAUCAAAGGUAUUUGCCACAAUCAGUGGACUAUGUUUUACGUAAAACGAUUUUGAAAACAGUUUGAAACAAUUUGCGCAUACGAAUGUGAUUUUCGGAGCAUCAGCUAGGCUCAGGUUCAGUACACGCCGACUCAAGCACACUACGAACGCAUGAACUGUUUCUUGAUAAAAAUCUACCAUUAAUAAAGUGAAAAAAUAAUGAAAUUCAUAGCCCAGAAACGCUGGUUGUCUCCGAUCAGCAUACUUUCUUUCUAAAACUAUGUUUUUUAUUAAAUGUUGCAGCGUACGCACUCUUUCGCUAAAUGUAAAAAAGCAAUAGUAAACUAUCAGUAAGAGUAAAUAAAUUAAUGUGGAAACAAAUUUACCACGUUUUUGAGUAUAUUUUUUAAUAUAAAAAUUGUUGCAAUUGUGAAAUGUUUAACGAUUCCGCUAUUUCGAAAAACACAUUCAAAAAUCCCUAUUUGUUACGCUUGUUCGAAAACCAUGAACACUGUCAAACUUCGGCAAGCCUUCGGCUCAGUCGCGUUUAUGCUCGUGUUCAAUACUUCGCGACUGCAGCUUGUCAAUGAACGGGCCGAAGCAAACAAAAGCAAUUUGUGUGCGUUUCUGUGAAGAAAAGGUAAGAACCUUUUGUUCAGUACGGUCGCUUUCCUCUCCAGCGAGUCCAACCAAGCAGCAAUAGCAGCAGCAGCAGCAGUUCCAAGUGUGCUUCAGCGGUAGCAAAAGUGGGCAUGCUAUUUUUAGUGCUGCGAAAGAGUGCAUUUUCGCUACGGUUUGCAUCGGUCGCACCAACGCAUCUCUGC